UGAAGGUUAAGCGGUUUAUCGGAAAGCAGCUGAUCUUUGGUGACUUUUUUGUUCAUCUCUCACCUUAAUCAUCACAAUUAAUUGUUUCUUUUUAUUUAUUGAUUGAUUUCUUUUAAUUUUGUUUCUUUUAAAAUGGCCGAAGGUAAAGAAGUACAGAAAAUGGUUUUACAAGAAGAAUCUCAAGAGGAUCUUCACCAGGAAGAACGUGAGAAAAUGCAAGUCUUGGUCUCCAAUUUUAGUGAAGAACAACUUAAUCGAUAUGAAAUGUUCCGUCGAGCUUCAUUCCCAAAAGCUUCGGUGAAAAGAUUGAUGCAAUCGAUUACUGGUUGUUCCGUUUCUCAGAAUGUGGUUAUUGCAAUUUCUGGUGUUGCCAAAGUUUUCGCCGGUGAAGUAGUUGAAGAGGCUUUAGAUGUAUUAGAAAAAUGUGGUGAAACUGGACCACUUAAACCUAAACAUCUACGAGAAGCUGUUAGACGAUUAAGAACCAAAGGAAUUGUUCCCGCUGGUAGACUAUCAAACAAGAAAUCACAAUUUUUCCGUUAACCAUAAUCACUUGAAAAUAAAACCACAAUUUGGCUUUGGAUUAUAUUUAUAAA